AUGAGCCGCCUGUCUGGACGCCUGCGGUCAGGUGGAGGUGGGGGGGUGGGGCGUGAGGGUGGGGCCUUGGCGGAGGAGCAGGGGUGUGAGCGGGGGCUGGCGACGUGGGGGAGGGAGGUGGCAGCAGGGGUACAGGAGAGGGUCACAGUGGAACCCAGUGCUGAGGCUGGAGCUCAAGGGACCCUUGACCUUUUACCAUCACCCUCGCCCCCCUCCCUGGCCAAUGGGGUUCACCUGCACAGGAGGCCUGGCCUUGGAACACGCCGACGCUGGCAGACAGAGACACACACCGAUGCUUUAACACACACACCCGGACAGACAGGAGUCACAGGCAUGCAGAUUUACACGGAUCUCCAAAUGCACACACCUGCGGACACUCACACACACCUAGCUGCUAACACACACAUGGAUGCUCACACACACUCGGACUCUGCCGGUCCAGAGCAGCACAGAACUGUUUCAUCACCAGAGACUCACACCAGAUCCACUCAGCGACAGGUCCUCCUGCCUGUCACUCAUCCAGCCUGCAUCAAUCAGCAAGUUGCUUCCUCUCCCUGCAGCCCGCCUCCUCCACCCUCUGCAAACAGAGACAGGCCCCCGGCCAUUAGCCCUGCCCAUAUUGGACCAACACCUCUAGAUCUCUCUAAACCCUCAAGAGCUAUUGGCCCAAAUCCUACAGGCCCUUCUCUUAUUGGUCCAUCCGGUUCAGACCCUUCUACUAUUGGCCCAGCCCCUGUAGAUCCCUCCCCUGUAUCUGUCGAAGGGGAGAGGAAGUAUGCGCUCCGUAGCUCCGGUCGACCUCGCUUCCCUUGCCAGCUACGCAAGUCCUCCCGCAUCCGCCGAUCCACCGAGGAUGGAGAGAGGAGGGGAGUUAGGGAGAGCGAGAGGGAGGAGGAGAUGGCGGAGGAGGAAGAGGAGGAGGAGAAAGAGAGGGUGAGUGUACAUGUAAAGGUAGAGCGCCCCACAGUGGAGGAGUGUUUACCUGCAACCUCGAAGCCUGCAGACUCAGCUGUACCUGUAGCACCACACCCUUCAACACGCCCCUCACCACGCCCUACACCACACCCCACCUCUCACUCCGCCCCCCGGCCAGCACCCAAACCCAGAACUUCAACCAAACCCCAACCUAGACCUUCAACCAACGCCAAACCAAAAGCCCAACCCAGACCAUCGAUGAAAGCCUCGCCUAAAUCCUCGCCCAGACCAGCGAACAAUCCCAGACCAGCAACCAAUCUUUCGCCUUGUCCAUCGACCAAUACCGUGCCCCAGCCGACAGUGAAGAAGGAGGUGCCUGAUGAUCUAGUUCCUAAACAGAAACGGCGGUUCGUUGGUGUGAGGCGUAUCGUGGUGAAGGUGGCUCGUAUCCCGGUCAACCUCAGCCGACGCCAAAAAAGCUACAAGAUCUCCUCCAUGGAGACCGUUGUCGGGCCGGAGAGGGGCGGGGCCAGUGGCGAGGGGGGAUCGGAGGGAGCUGAGGGGGUCCGAGAGCCAACUGCUCUCCUUCGCAUGAAGAACAAUGGGAAGAAUGUGAUGGUCAUGUUCCCGCCUGGAGAACUCCCGGUGAUCCUGAAACGCAGACGCGGCCGACCUCCCAAACAGGUUGUACCGGGAAUGCCAGAUAAAACGGGCGGGAAUUCCGCCGCUGCCAGUGGGAACGGCGAACCCAAGAAACCUCGUCGGCGCCGGCGGGCCAAGCUCCCAUCUCCGCAACCGUCGUACGUGAACGACACCAACGACUUCAAGACAGAGUACGGAGACGUUCUGUCCAAACUGGCGUUCCUAAACCACCAACCGCCUGCCACCGGUCGCUGCUCCCCACCACGCUGCUGGACACCCAGCGAACCGGAUAGCUUUCACACACCGUCCAACAACCCUGGGAUCUCCGCCCUGCUCCACCGACUCACAGGGUUCAGACGCAGGGGAGGGAGGGGUGGUGGCGUUGGGGGCAGGGGAGGAGGAGCAGGGGGGGCCGGGUGUGAGGGCUUCAAGAGCUCCUUCAGUGACUUCUUCGAGACGAUCGGGAAGAAAAGAAAAGUGACCCCUGCUCUGUCAGAACCAGGGUUACCCAAGAAACGAGGGAAGGGUGGGGGAGGCAGGGGAGGAGGGGUUGCAGGGGGGGAGAUGGGGGUUGGAGGUGAGGGGUGGAAGCCGGUGAGAAAACGACGCUCGUGCAAGAAUGGGGUUCUGAAGGGGGAGGCAGGGCAGCUGGAGCAAGACUGGUCUAAUGGGGGAGGUGUCUGGGGGGAGGAGGGGGGAGGGGAGAGGGAGAGAGGGCCGGGGGCCUACCAGACCUGUGGCUCCCUGAGGGGGGACUUCCCGCCCUGUGAGGGGGGAAGAGGAGGUGCGUACGGCAGCCCUGGGGGCAGCAGAGGAGGUGGAGGUGGUGAUGAAGUGCAGGGUUUGUUCGCUGGAUAUUUUCGCUCCCUGCUCGACUCAGACGACUCCUCCGACCUCCUGGAUAUCUCCUCCUCUCGGCCUGACCCCGGGAAACUUCCUCCCACCCCGGGCUACGACUCCUCCAGCACUGGCCCCGGCCCAGGCCCUCGCUGGUCCCCAGCCUUCCCCAAGCGCAGCCCCAAAGUAGAGGCAAGGGAGAAUCAAACCCAGGUCUCUUCGUCCUCCUCUUCCAGACCUCCUUACAGCUACUACCUUUCCCAGAACUCCCCCACUACUUCCUCCUUCCCCAAGUCCACCCCUCCCUCCCUCUCUCUGCCUCGCUCUCCCAGUUCCCCCCAUCCCUCCUCCUACGGUCACUACCCGUCCGGCUAUUCCUCCUCCUCUCCUGCGGGGGGCAGUGCAGCACCACAGAGACCCACAGACUGCAGCUUUGCAGCCUACGGGGCCGCAGAGCUGGAUAAGGCCUCCACAGCCCCCCCCGUGGGCCAGGGUCAGAUGGGCUAUUCCAAUUUUUCCAAGCGUGGAUAUGGGGGCUACCCUGGGCAGGUUGGACCAUCCUCUCCAGGGGGAGGGGGGUAUAUGGCCAUGGCCAAGAACAACCCCUUCCCUUCCUCAUCAUCUCCAGAGGGUUACAGACACUACCCCUCCAACCAGUGGAACUGCAAGCAGGGCUCCAGUGGCUGGGCGUGGGACAGUCUGGCUCAUCAUUACCCAGGAGGCUACAGUGACUACGUCACCCCAGGCCCCAGCGAGCCCAAAGACAUCCUGGACAUCUCCAACUACACCCCACAAAAGGCCAAGCGACAACCCUUCCUCGAGAACCUAUCAGAGUCCUCCUCUGACUCAUCCCACCUGGGGUGCACCGGGUCAGGAGGCGGGGUCAGUACCGGAGGUGGGGGCGGAGGCUCGAGUUCAGGUUCCGGAGGUGGGGCUUACAGGCAGGGUGGAGGCAGGGAGUCUCUUCCUAUUGGUGGAGAGGGAGGUCAAGGCCAGUCCAGCCUAUCAAGUCUGGAGAAGCUGAUGAUGGACUGGCAUGAGAGCGCCUCAGGCCCCUCCUACAACUGGAGCCAGAACGUUCUCUUCCAGGGGCAGGGGAAGCCCGGUCGGGGGCGCAGGAAACGGAAUGCUGCCGAACCCCAAAUAGAAAAGGAGGGGGGUGGUGGACCAGGACCGGAGCCCACCCCAGACUCUCCCACCAGUCCCCCAGCCCAGACCCAGUCCCACACCUCAACCCAGGGCUCUGGUGCCAAACGCAGUGGGAUGGGGGGGCGGCAGGGCAGGGGGGCGAGGGGAGGCAGGGGAAGGCUGUGCCCGUCCCCUAGAGAACGCCCCCCAGGGGGGAAGAAGGGUAAGGCUGCUGGGGGUGGGGAUGGAGGAGGAGGGUGUACUGCUCAGGGGGGGUUGUUCCAGGAAGGCCUUGACUACUUCAGUGGAGACAGCAGCAGCCUCUCCCCCCUACCUACCCCUGCCCUACACCUUGGCUACCCCCCCGAGCCCUGUGAGUACCCCUCCCCGUCUCCUUACUCCGCCCACCCCUCCACCCCAACCUCAGAGGAGCGCUACCCAGCCCUCUUCCCUGGCGAGGCCUCAUCCUCCUCUCUCUCCCCUGGAAUGACUUCCACAUCCUCCUCCUAUCCUCCUAAACCAUCCCCUGCUCCUCAGCCCUACCACCCCCCUCUCACCCCUGCUCCUCCCCCCUCCUCCUUCUCCCCGUCCUGCUCCCAAUCGCCACGGUUACUGCCCCACUGUGGAACAGCGCUGAGCCCCCCCUAUCGUAACCCGGCAACCAUCUCCAAGGACCAUUUCCCCUCCCAGUAUGAUUCUCCCAGCUGCUGUAGCUCCCCGUGUUGGUACAGCGGGGCAUCGCUCAGUGGCAGCACCAGCCCUCACACUAACACACACAACGCUACACACGUACACGCUAAUGUGAAUCCUCAAGCUAGCCCUAACAAUCAUCCUGAUCCUAACGCUACUGCACACCCACACACCAACACACACCCACACACCAACACACACCCACACACCAACACACCGACACACACCAACACACACCCGAACCCCAACCCUCAUGCAAACAUGAGCCCACACACACACUCCAACCCCAACACCAACCCUCACACACACAACAACCCCCAUAGCAACAAACACCCGCACACCAACACACACCUCCAUUCAAACCACAACCAACAUCUUCACCCCCACACUCACCCUAACAUGCACACAAAACCCACCCUACACACUAGCCCCCACCCCAACCCUAACCUCUCCCCUCACCCUAACCCUAACCUUUCCCCUAACCCCCACCCCAACCCUAACCCCCACCCCCACCCCAACCUCUCCCCUCACCCCCACCCUAACCUCUCCCCACAUACUCACUCCCAUCCCAACCCCCUGCUUUACGAGGAGCGCCCCUCUCACAGCACGAUGCCCCCCCACCCCCACAAACAGGACCUGCCCCCCCACCUCACCUCGGGGCUAAGGUCAGCCCCACUGCAGCUUUCCCCGUACCCCUCCCCCCACCACAAGCCCCCCCAGGCCUCCUUGCCCCAUUCUGAGGACAUGGGCUACCCCCCGUGCCCUGGGACGCACCCUCUCUACCCCCC